GUGGUGGAUCUGGUGCUGAAAACCCGGUUAAACUGGUAGUUUGCCCGUUUUUUCUUUCCUCUUCGCACCAUCAAGUCAUCGAAAUUACAGCACCGUAUGUAUACGCUAUCCUAGACGUGUGUAUGUAUACUGAAGAAAAUUAUACGUUCGUGUGAAGCAGUGCUUGUUGACUGCUGGACAAUAUUCAAAGCGUUUGGCACCUUUUACAUCGCAUCAGUUCCUAUAUUUUGUGUUAAAUAUCAUGUCUCAAAAAAGCCUGAAGGAAGCAUUUGUCAGUAAUCUCAAUGGGACCACCACAGAAGAAGUGGCAAUUGGAUCACUCACUGCUCCGCUAUGCUUCCUCUGCAGGGGCCUCGUAUUUAUCCUCCUCCAGCAGGCCAAAAUAAGUCCCUCUCUCCCACUUUCACCGAUGUCUCACCUACUUUUGGACUUUGCUGUGCUCAUCCUCCCACUGGUUGUGUCAUGCACCAUCCUUAGUGACUUUCUCCACCGUGUUGUGUUGACCUCCAGCAUGUUGCUUGCUUGUCUGAUUUUCUCAAUCUAUUGGGUCAAUAUUCCUGCGCCAAACCACAAGAAUACUAUGCGCACCUUCCUUCUCAGUCACGUUCAGUUUAGUUAUGUCCCUUUUGUGACCGUCUUCAGAGUUUUUGUGAAUAUAAAAACAGCCAUCAGCAUUCUUGCCGUGGACUUUGCUGUAUUCCCAAGGAGAUUUGCAAAAACAGAAACCUAUGGAACUGGAGUGAUGGACUUCGGUGUUGGAGCAUAUAUUUUUGCCAAUGCUCUGGUCUCACCAGAGGCACGGAGCAAGUCCACAUCUGGAUCCAGAACUGCAAAACUUUUCAAGCAGCUUAUCGCUGUUUGGCCCUUGAUUGCUCUCGGAAUGGGCCGACUUGUGAGUGUCAAGAUGACGGGAUACCAUGAGCAUGUCACAGAGUACGGUGUUCACUGGAAUUUCUUCUUCACACUAGCUGUCGUGAGAAUCGUGGCGUCAGCACUAUUGGUUAUUUUACCCCACAGAAUGUUGAUUUUCUUCUCACUCCUGAUAGCUGGUCUUUAUCAGUUCACGCUGGAGACAACAAAGCUCAAAGAAUUUAUGAUCCAUAACAACGAUAGAGACAAGGACUUUCUGUAUGCUAACAAGGAAGGCAUUUUCUCUGUGGUUGGUAACGUAGCCAUCUACAUUGCAGGGGUUGAAAUUGGGCUAUAUGUGAUGCAACCACGAUCUCAGGUUAAAGAGUGGCUCAAGCUUAUAGUUCGCCUUUUGGUUGGAAGUUUUGUUCUUUACGGAGCUUUGUUUGCUUGUCAAAGUCUCCUGGAGCCAGUUUCAAGACGCUUGGCCAAUUUACCCUUCUGUCUCUGGAGUGUUGCGCAAUCUUUGCUUUUGUUGUCGUGUUUUGGAAUUGCAGAUGUGUGUUUGUUGUUUGCCAAAUACACAUCAGGCUGCCAUUUUGUGCCAUCAUCAUGGACUUUUUCUAAAAAGGACUCAGAAGCUGCGUCACACAAGGAGCAGUUCAAAGGUGUUUGCCUUGUCCAAGCUGUCAGCAAGAAUCAGUUGGUAUUUUUCUUGCUUGCAAAUGUCAUGACAGGACUGACGAACGCCGUUGUGGACACUUUUAGCUGUACCACCUUGUUUUCUCUUGGUGUUUUGACAUUGUACAUGUUUGUCAACUCUAUAGUGAUACAUGUUUUAGACACUUGUGGAAUAGUAUUAAAGUUUUGGUAAAUUUUUUUUUUCAAAUGUUCUAUAUUUUUAUAAUAAAAGAAAGCAGAUGUGAGUGACUGAGACUAAGCAUAUAUGGAUGGUUUCUGCACAUUUGACAUGGAAACUCCUGUUAGACGUUUAAAUCUUGUGUUGCUCUUUUGGAUUUGGAUUGCCUUAUGUUGUGUUUUCUUGGAGGACAUUUAAAAAACAAGUCUCAAUUUAAAUUGCACUCGGUGAAACGUAUCUAUUAUGAAUAAUAAUAAAUCUAUAGGCAUUAUCCUAUCCAGUGGCUAAUAGUCAACUUGUAUUUAUUUUCAACUAUACCCACUAUUUAUUUUCUUCUAACAUUAUUUUUUCCCUAACAAUUGUGGAUUAUGAGCAAUAAACAUGGCCGAUUUUUUUUUUUUCAGAUGCCCUCAAAUACUAUCACUCAAAACUAAAUUCUCAACAGUUUGAAGAUGCUAAUUCAACAAAUUAUGUGUUCAA